AAUUUACAACCCUCGACAACCACGUGCUUCUGUGCAAGAAUAUUGAUUUUUCUUUUGUUUUUAAACAUUGUGAAAGUAAAAAUGAAAGUGAAGGGUUGAUUUAGUUUAGUUAGGUUAGAAAUUAGUUGGUGUUGCUUAGUUUUUGAGUGUUUCGCAGUAUUGGACAUACGGGAAGUGAUAUAACAAUUUAAAAAAAAAAACAAAAUUCAGUAAUUUUUGGAUCUAAUUCAGUUCAGUUCAAUUUAAAACUCAUUGGGAUAAAAAGAUGAACUCCAUUCAGAGAAGUAGCUUGAUUCAGUUAAUUAAGCAGCAUUUUCCAUAUACUGAACCUUGUGACGUGGAUCAUGCUCUUCAAUGGGAGAUCAUUGCUGAGACGUUAAAUGCCUUAGGUCCCCCACAAACAAUUGACCAAUGGAUUGAGGAUUGGGAAACUAUCAAAAACAAUGCAAUCGAAAAAUCAAAAGCAAUAAAAUCAAAGCAGAGUGAAUUUCUUGAAAUUCCCGAAGAACUUCAACUUACAGAAGAAGAUCAUCGUGUAAUAAAAAUAUGUAACUUCUCAACGGAUUCGAAGAAGAUGGAAAAAUUGAUGAAAAUGCUUGAUUGUCGUGCUGUAUCCCCAUUUGAAAAUUAUGAUUCCGAAGAAUCUGAUGUUUCAGAUUAUGAAGAUGAUAGAACUGGGCCAGUUCAAAAAGCCACUGUUAAAGAAAGUGUAAAGGAUAUUAAUGAUGUAAUAGCUGAGAGAAAUAUCGCAAUAGAACAACUUGAAGAGCAGAAGAAAAUAAAUGUUCAAUUAGCUGAACUUUUGGCGAUUUUUAAAACACCAAGUCAAACUUCAUGUGCAAAUUAGUAAAAAUUAAAAAUACUUUUACAUAUUUGAUUCGAACAAUAAUAUUUUUAAUAUAUAACUAAAUGUAUUAUACUUCUACUCAUAGUACCUAAAACAUUUAAAAUUGGCAGCUUUAGACAACAUAGACACCUAGAUAAUUAUUUAAGUGUCAAACAUUUUAAACUUGAAACUUUACUUCUGUAACCGCUACCUUCAGUUGAUCGUGUAAAAACUAUUAAAACUUUAUAGUCUACAAAACACUCCUCAGGCAAGCUACAAUUGCAUCGCAACUUGUAACUAUUUUAUAUUCUAAAGAAAUAUAACUUAUUCCUUUUUGAAUUUGACAAGGAACCCCCUUACUAAAAAACAUUAAAAGUUCAGUUUUCAGUUAAGUGAAAAAACACGAUCACCUGUCAUUUUGACAUAAAUUAACUUGGCCUGAUAGUAGUUCAGAAUUUUCUUAAACUUUCCAGCCAGCUUUUCAAUAAAGUCCCUGAACCUAUAAAGCCAAUAUGGUAAAAAAAGCGAAAAGAAGAAAAUCCAAUUUGAAACGACCAUGACAUAGGGCGAUUCAAAUGUCAUGAGCGACUUGAAAGUAAGGCAAGUUUAUAGUACCUGAAUGGCAGGCUUUCAAAGUAUUGUUUUCUAAUUAAUUCAACUUGAUUAGAGAGUUGAAUAGAAAGUUAGUCAAGAAAUAUCUCCCAAACAAUCAAGUACAUUCUGUCACAAUGACAGAUAAUAAUAUUUUUAAAUUAACUGAAAGCUGAACUUUAUUACUCGAUUAUUUAUUUAUUUUUGCUUAUUUCUAUUUAAUGUUUUAUGUAAAAGGAUACCUUGUCAAAUUAGAAAGGAAAUAAGUAAUAUUUAUUUAAAAUACAAAAUACAAGUUGAGAUGGACUUGUAGUUUGGUAGUUUUUGCACUAUCAAUUGAUAGUAGAGGUUAGUGAAGUAAAGUUCCGUGUUGGAAGCUUAUGACAGUUAACGAACUAACUAGUUCCAUUGGUCAUAAUUUUAGUUUAAGGAAUGCAGUUUACUGCAAAUGAAGUCCCUUAUGUUCUCUUAACCUGUCUAUUAUGAUUAAUUUCUUUGCAUUUAAAUUAUGUUCAAGUAUAAAUUGUAAUUAACUUUGUUGGCACUCUCUUAUAGCCAACGUUAUUAUUAUCUAAAUGAUGAAAAUUACGUUGUAUAUUUAACUACUUAAAUAUUUAUGUAUGUUGUUUCAUUAGAUUUUUAAUUAAUUAUAGUUGAACUUUUUGUCCACGAUGUGGAAUUAUGAAUUUAUUUAACUAUUUACUAUUGUUGUUGUUCUGGAUACUCAAAUCAAAAUUUUUUCUCGCUGUAGUUUUUAAAACAAAAUGCAAUAAAUUGACCAAAAUAUUUCUAAAAAUAUUUAAUAAAAGUAGUUAAGUUAAAAAGUA